GCAAAGCAAGCGAUACUUGAGGCAAAAAUGACAGUACAAUAGCAGGAGAACCUUGAAGGACUGAACUAGCAGGCAAAGAAAUCUGCGAAGAAGAUAUCUACCUUGGUGCUGUCUGGGUGUGGUCUUGAUGGUAAAAGAAGGGCUGAAAGUCAAAAGUUUGGGAGUUCUAUAUCUUUUAAAAAAGCACAGCACAACUGACUGGAUAAAACAUGGUCUAAACUAGCCAAACUGAUAGACUGACUUCUCUAGCUGAGGCUUUGCAGGCUGAAACACCUUGAUGAGAUAGCUCAGUGAAGAAUGACGGGACUGAGAAGUCUGACAGGAAUAUCUACAAGUAGAAAAUUGAAAGACAGCAGAAGACCAUGAAGUGCUCAUGGAAAUUAGUGUUCCUGCUGGUAUGUAUUUGUCUGGCAGUGCAGUACACAGCCAUCCGCUCCAUCCACGAUUGUGUCCCUGGACCAUAUCACUUCUCCAGUCUAUGGCAGCAAGGCUCUGGGAAAGAUCACAGCUUGAAAUCCUUCUACAACAACAACUCUGUAUCCAGUAACAUUACCAUUGUCCCUGCCCGAAAGCACAUCCUUCUUUUUACCCAAACCCGCAGUGGCUCCUCCUUUGCUGGUCAGCUGUUUAACCAACACCCAGAUAUCUUUUAUAUGUUUGAGCCGCUUUACCAUGUCCAGCAAACCCUCUACAACUACAAAAAUCAUCUUGGUAAGCCCUUUAAUAGAGUUGUGCAAGUGGUCAACAGGGACCUCCUUUUCAACCUGUAUACCUGUGAUCUUCAUUUCCUGGAGGGCUACAUCCACCCAGAGCCUAAAAAUCACCUGACAGUUUCUCUUUUCCGUCAGAGCUCCAGUCAGGCUCUCUGCACACCACCCGUCUGCCAAAAUAGUAAAAAGGAGAUUAUGAAAGCACAGCCAGAUGAGGGCUGGUGUCAAAAAUAUUGUCGAAUCUUAAACCUCACCUUAGCUUCCAUGGCUUGCCAGUCAAGAAGCCAUGUGUCCAUCAAGACAGUGCGGAUCCCUCUGAUCAGUCACCUUCGGCUUCUAACUGAAGACCCAAGAUUGGACCUGAGGAUUGUUCACCUGGUUAGAGACCCCAGAGCAAUCAUGGCAUCACGCAUAACUACAUUCCCUGCUGAGUUCUCUGCCUGGAAGAUCUGGAAUGCAACAGGCAAGCAGCCACCUUCUAUGGACUUAACAGAGAUCACGAAAAUAUGCCAAGACAUGGAGGACUCUGUGAAUACUGGUCCGAAGAAGCCAGCCUGGCUGCAUGGACGGUAUUUACUAGUGCGCUAUGAGGAUCUAGCACUCAAUCCUGAAGCCAAAGCCAAGGAGAUCUACAGAUUCCUAGAUGUGUAUAUAGGUGAUAAAGUUCUUAAUUGGAUAUCUCAAAACACCAACGACACUUCCACCACUAAGGCAAAGUACUCCACCAAGAGAGACUCCAAAACAGCAAUAGAGAACUGGAGACUCAGUCUGAACUUUGACAUUGUUGAGACAAUGCAGAAACUGUGUAAGAAUACUUUGGACUUAUUGGGCUACAAAAUAGUACAGUCUCAGGUGGAGCUGAAGAACAUAAGCAAUAGUUUAGUGGAACCAAAAACUUUUAAUUAGUUAGUGAAGAAAAAUGUGAAGGCAAAGGUCAUUUUUUCCAACUGUCAUGUUAAAAGUGCAUAGUGAUUAAGCCUCAAUAACCAGUCUUUAAAUGUGAUUUAAACCCAUUGGUGAAGGAUUUACUGUUACAUAUAUGGACUCCUUAAUGAAUGUACAAAUUACCCUUUAAUUUCCCAUCUUUUCCUGUAAUAAUCAAUGCAUUAAAUUAGACAUAUAAUGUCUAAUAUAUAAUAAGUAAAAGAACAAAUCUCUAUAUUUGCUGCAUAUUUAACUUCACAGCUACUAUGGCUGUUCUGCUAAACACAGUGAUAAUAAUGUAAACUGGCAUGCAGUGAGUCUUGUUUUAUAUAGGUUUCUGUAAACUAUUUGUGAAGGUUAAGUCUGGGCUCCUCGUAACUUUGACACAUUACUGUUGUAAGAGGGAACACAAAACAUGGUAAAUAAACACUCAGAACAAAAUUAUGGUUAGCAAAACUGCAAAUAUAUGGUAUCAAAUGGUUGCAACAUAUGAAGUGAAGGUGACUAAUGAGCAGGCGCAAAGGGUAGUGAUGUUCAUGAUCAAGAUUGUGGAAAAUGGCUGCCCUCUGGUCGUCUGGUGAGGAAAUGUCUGGGGUAGCCAUGACCGCUGAAUUGUCCAUCUAAUAGUGGGCCAGUCGCUGUUUACACAGGGGUGAUUCUCAUGUCUUCACAUCACUUAUGUGACAGAACAGUAUUCUUAACUGCUGAUCAAAUAGCGACAGUCCAAUACAAAUUGUAUUGUGGAGUACGUACUUGGAAUACCAAGAAGGCUCUGUAGGUUCACAUUCUUCUGUAGGAUCAUAGAAAGCCAAGAUUUAACCUCUCUGGAAUUAUCUGGCCAUCAAUGUAUGUAAGAGCAUUUAUCACUAAGGCAGUUCUCACAAUUAGUAAAACCAAAUCUAGAAGCCACAGAGUUAAGUGGACUUGCCUUGAGUGUGAAUGCUGGCUGUUAUAACUUGCUCCUGGAUGUAAAUAAAUGGGUGAAUGUGUGUGUGUGAAUAAUGCCUGCAAUGAACUGGUGUCCUAUCCUGGAUGAAUUCUGUACCUGAAUUUUCUACCUACCUACAUGCCUACAUACAAACCUACCCAACUACCUCCCUAUCUGUCUGUGGCCUAUUUAGACCAACUGCCUU